AUGGACGAGCUCCACGAUGCCAUUCAAGAUGCGCAGUACAUUGGCGCAGUGACCAACUCACAGCGCGGACCAAGUGCAGCAUUUUACAAUCCGACAUCUCAUGAAUUGAGUCAGUUUGUAGAACGACAAGAACGUGCGCUUGGCAGCAACUGGCUCGAUCUCGAAAAUUUGCUGGAUAUGCCACUGGGUUUUUACUUUUUUCGGCGAUUCUGUGAGGCAGAGCAGCUUGGAAGUCGAAAACUGGAUUUCCUUGUUGAGGUCACGAAGUUUCGCUUAUUGCAAACUUCAGAACAACGCUUUGGAAAAGCGAGAGAGAUAUGGGAUAUUUUCUUUGAAAACUCAACUUCAGGGGCUUUACGUUCCACAUCAAGACAGAGACGAAGUACUGUUACGAUAUGGUCGCCAGCCUCAAGAGCAGAACGUCGACGGCACCCACCCUCAUCGUCACCCGUUUCGGCCACAACUUCGACGUCAGCAGUAACUGAAAUAUCCCCGUCGGCAGCGGAGAAAAUGGCAGCCAUUAAUUUGCACAGUUCUCCUGAUGUUCGCCGUAGUCCAACUCGAAUGUCUCUUGGCUGUCUAGAGGAAUUGAAUGUUGCUUCCAGAACGACAAAUGGAAUUGUGUUCUGGCGCAAGAGUGAAUCCAAGGUCAUGCAAUCAGAUGUACGCAGCAUGUUUUAUACCGUGUCGACUGACGUUCAACCUCUAGGUAUUGGCGGUGAUGUGGUGCAGCGAUUAUGUACUAUUUUAAAGCGCAAGCAUUUGGAUUCCAACCGUCGAGAUUCAUUUAAUUGUGUGCGGGAUGGCAGUCUGACAAGAGCUACAAGCCCUACAGCUAGUACUGCAUCCACAAUUGAGCUCCAUGAUCUUGGAAUCGACUCGCGCUCAGAAAGCUCAAUUUCGAAGAAUUUAAGCGAGAAACGAUUGAUCGCGGAUUCAAGAAAUUGUGCGCUCACUUUAUUCGAUGAGUUGGAAGGUUGCGUGCUCUGUAGCUUAGAGCACGACCAUUUGAAAACUUUCAAAGCGUCUCCAUAUUACAAGCGAUUGAUUGUGUUUUUAUUUUUACAAAAGCGACGAGUAAGUGAGGAAGACUUUACAGCGCUUCGUGUAUUAGGCCGUGGUGGCUUUGGAAUGGUGCAUGGGUGCAUUAAGCGAACGUCUGCAUCUUUGUACGCAAUGAAAGUGAUGAACAAGAAAAUGAUUAAGAAAAAGCGUGCAGAGAAGUUGUGUCUUGCUGAGCGAAAGAUCCUCGCAAUGCUCUCCUCUCCGUUUGUUGUAUGUCUAAAGUACUCCUUUCAAACACCCGAGGAGCUUUUUUUGGUGCUUGAUUUAAAGACUGGUGGAGAUUUGUCCUUUCAUCUUAAUCGUGCUAGAUUUUCCGAGACACAAGUGCGUUUUUGGGCGGCACAAAUAUUGCUAGGUAUUCAACAUUUGCAUGAGAAGAACAUUGUAUACCGCGACCUCAAACCAGAAAAUAUUUUACUGGACGAGAAAGGUAAUUGUAGCAUUUCUGACCUUGGUCUAGCUGUCGAGGUGACGCCAACAUUGACCGGCAGGUGUGGAACUCGAGGGUACUGGGCACCGGAAAUGCUGCUACGUGAUGAAAAUGGCAAUCGAAUAGUGUACAAUCAAACAGUAGAUUGGUGGAGCUAUGGGUGUUUAAUCUAUGAACUUUUGUACGGUAAAUGCCCUUUUCGGACAUCAAGAGCUAAGGCUCUUCAUGAAGAUAAACAACAGGCAUAUGAUAAGGCUACACUGGAGUUAACUCCUGUUUACGAUUCCAAGUACUUCUCACCAGAUGCAGCAGAGCUUAUCCAGAACUUGCUGAUUCGUGACGCGUCAAAACGACUAGGGGCAAAAGGAGCAGAGGAGAUCAAGCACAAUGAGAUCAAUGCGGCGUCUCAAGCAGACAUUGGUUUAUUUGACAUAGCGAAUGUAAAGGGCAUCAAGUUAUCUGAGCAGGAACAGGCUGCAUAUAGCGGCGUUGUCGUCUAUCUUACCAUGUUCUCUAAGCCUUUGCAACGCUUCUCUUCAAUAGUCACCAAGCAUGCCAGCAAUCCGCAGACUCGUUCUAUCGGUUUCUUGUCGACGUUACCAGAGGAGCACAUUAUGCUGCGCGACAUGUGUCGACAAUACGCCGCCAAGACACUGAAGCCUAUCGCAGGAGAGCUGGAUCAAAAUCAUAAAUACCCAGCUCAACAGGUCAAGGAACUUGGUGAAAUGGGGUUAAUGGGCGUCGCUAUUGGCGAUAAAUAUGGAGGUGCAGGCCUCGAUUACUUGGCUUAUUCGAUCGCUAUGGAGGAGAUAAGUCGAGGGUGUGCAUCAACAGGCGUCAUUAUGUCGGUGAAUAACUCGCUAUACUGUGCCCCAUUAGAAAAGUUUGGAACGCCUGAGCAAAAGGAACAACAUCUAACACCUUAUGCCAGCGGUGAGAAGUUGGGCUGCUUUGGACUCAGUGAACCAGGAAAUGGCAGCGAUGCAGGAGCGGCUUCGACGACCGCACGUGUCACUGACAAAGGAUAUGUCCUAAAUGGCACCAAGGCAUGGAUCACGAACGCCCACGACGCUGACCAAGCCAUUGUGUUUGCUACAACGAACAAGUCGCUUAAGCACAAAGGUAUUAGCGCAUUUCUUGUUCCGACUAAUAUACCUGGCUUCUCACUGGGAAAAAAGGAGGAUAAACUUGGCAUUCGCGCGUCUAGCACGGGAAAUCUCAUUUUUGAAGACGUUGAAAUCCCAAAAGAAAACAUAAUUGGUAAGGAAGGAGAUGGUUUUAAGAUUGCUAUGGUUACGCUGGACUCUGGCCGUAUUGGCAUCGCCUCUCAGGCCCUGGGAAUUGCCCAAGCGUCGUAUGAUUGCGCUAUCGCAUACGCACAGACCCGCAAGGCAUUCGGCAUACCUCUAGCCAAGAACCCAGUAAUACAAACUAAAUUAUCGACGAUGGCGACAGAAAUUGAAGCUGCGCGGUUGUUGACGUGGAAAGCGGCAGCGGAGAAGGACGCGGGCAGACCGUUUACGAAGCUCGCAGCCAUGGCAAAGCUCAAGGCGUCAGAGGCUGCUACAUUCUGCUCUCAUCAAGCCAUCCAAGUACUCGGUGGUAUGGGCUACGUAUCGGAGAUGCCUGCUGAGCGCCACUACCGCGAUGCUCGCAUCACAGAGAUUUAUGAGGGCACAUCCGAGAUCAUGCACCUUGUCAUUGCCGGUGCUCUUAAUAAGGAAUUCAACGAGAUUAAUUAG